GCGCACGAUAUGUCGUGUUUCCGCAUACGGAUCGGGUAGCGCCAGGUAUGGCAGAAGUUGAUUUUGGGGACAGUGAGCUCUUUCAGCAGCUCGAUGAGCCUGCUCCCCCGGUCACGACGCACAUUCGGUUCACAGAUGAUGAUGAAGAGCAGGACGAGAAGAGCGAGCUCCGGAGCAGGCUGGAGGAGUGCGACGAUUACAUCCAGAGACUCACUGAGGAGAAUAAAAUAUUACGAAGGAAAAUGAGCCUCCUGACGCGACCAAGCGGCGUCACUGUUGAAGAUGUUAACACCGACGGGCCUCUUCUUCAGGUCCUUUAUACAAACAACAUCAUAUCAAAGACGUGUCGCCAGGAAAUUGAAGACUGCAUCUGCAGUGUGAUUUUGAGGCACCAUAAACCAGACGUUGAAAAGAGGUCCUCCUUUAACAUCAAACCUCAGAAUUCCGCUUUUGCUUUGGACGAAGAUCCACAGAUGAUGUCUUCCAGUAGUGUGAGAACAACAACAGAAGCCUUUAAAGUUGUUGGGAGUGUCUUAUAUUUCACUACUUUCAGUGUUGAUAAACUUGGACAGCCUCUGGUAAAUGAAAACCCCCAGCUGACCGAUGGAUGGGAUGUCCCAACUUAUCAGCAAGUCUUCAACCAAGUCAUUGGAACUGAUGGCCAGGAAAUAGAAAUGAAAGACAAAAGACCCAAGUCUAUGUGUUUCAACUGUGGUUCAAGCAGUCACCAGCUGAGAGAAUGUCCCAAGCCUAAAGACAUGGCUGCAAUUAAUGAGAGAAGAAAGGAGUUCAAUCAGAGCAACAACCAAGCCAUGCAGAGUAACCAGAGAUACCAUGCUGAUGAAGUGGAGGAGCGGUUUGCCAAAUACAAGCCUGGAGUCAUGAGUGAGGAGCUGCUGACAGCUCUGGGCAUUGAUGAGAACACCCUACCUCCUCUGAUCUAUCGCAUGAGGCAGCUAGGUUACCCACCAGGUUGGCUCAAAGAGGCAGAGAUGGAAAACUCUGGCUUAUCACUGUAUGACGGAAAUGCAUCAAGUGAUGGCACUGUAACUGACAACACUAAUUCACAAAACCUCUCUUAUGAUGUUUCCAAACUGGUGGAUUUCCCAGGUUUCAAUGUAGCCGCACCACACAAAAUGAAAGAUGAGUUCCUGCAUUAUGGUUCAAUUCCAAUGCAGAGCAGCCACAUGAAGCAAAACUAUGCAGCCUACCUGUCCAGCUUCUUUCCCACGCCCGGUGCCGCCUCCAGCAAGAGAAGACAUGAAUUUGACUCAUCUCCACAGCUGAGGAAGAGGAGUAAGUUUAGCCCGGACCGGACCCCAGACAGGAGCUCGGACAUGGAUAUUGAAUCAGAUCCAGGAACACCUCAUCAAAUUCACAGCUCUGAUGAUUUCCAGUUCCAGCCACCACUGCCUCCUGGCUCUCCUUGCUUUAGUUCUCCUCCGCCUUUACCACAGGGCACUCCUCCUGCUACACCCACCCCCCCACCUCUCCCUAAAGGUACACCUCCACUUACUCCCACCAACGGCUCUCCAGCUGUGCGAGGGCGUGACUGGGUGGUGGUUGAUGAGACUGGGGAGGGAACAGAGGAUGACCUGACACUGGAGGAACUGGAGGAGCAGCAGAGACUGAUCUGGGCAGCUCUAGAAAAUGCUGACAUGGCCUCUAACAGUGACUGUGAGACACCUGCCGCACAAACUCCUGUACCAAGUUCACCAAGUGUAUCCACAUCUGCACACGCGGACACAGAAACUGAAGACACGGAUGAAGGAAUGGACUCAAUAAAACCUGAAGAACCUUCCCUAAGCAAAGAAAAUCAACCGGAAGUUCAAGAGGGUUUGUCAUUAAGCCCGGGACCAGUCAAAGUUAAGGACGAUAGCCCUCAGAGUCCCGAACCAGCCGAAAUCCAGGAAAGCACCCCUCAGAGUCCCGAGCCAGUGAAAAUCCAUGACAGCACCCCUCAGAGUCCCGAGCCAGUGAAACCCCAAGACACAACCCCUCAGAGUCCGAGCCAGUGA